AUGAAUUCGUGUGAGGCUUCCUUACUUGAAGAUGCGGAAUGGCAGAGGGAAUCACUCGUCCGUGCACCAUCACUGGAGCCUCCUCUUUCGGAACAUGGCUCACUAGACAGCAAAAAAAGGAGGGAAAUGGAUGACGAAACAAACCAAGAUAUUUAUGGGCCAUCGGUGUUUGGAGGGUUUGGAGAGUACAUGGCACGCAAGCGUCGGAAGUUGCAGAUGCAAAAUGCAGAAAUUUUAAACAAUACCCAAAGCCCCAAACCUCAGAUUUUUAAAGGCACUGGCGUAUACAUAAAUGGCCGAACCGAGCCACCUCUGCAAGAACUUCGGAUCAUGAUAAUGGAGCAUGGUGGAAUUUUUCAUGCAUAUCUAGACCGAAAGUCACUGGUAACUCACAUCAUUGCAACUGAGUUAACACCUAACAAAGUGAAAGAGUAUCAACACAUGAAGGUAGUGAGGCCAGAAUGGGUUACUGAUAGCGUCCGAGAAGGCACCCUACAGCCGUGGAAAAACUAUGUCUUCCGCCCAGGCUCUGAGCUGCGGACGGAUGGGGUAUCACUACUCCACCGAGUUCCUAAGCAAAGCACCCUCACGGAGAGUCCGAAGAAGUCAGUUUCAGGGCCUCGGGAGGCAUCAAUCACGAGCCUUCUAGAGCCCCUCGCCUGGGCUGGAAGGGCCGCUUCUGUUCAAUCCUACGCACUCCACAAUUCAAACAUUUUCGCAUCGAAACUGAUGGAGGACCCAAAGUGGCGACUAGAGAACACCGCAGCUGGACCAAAUUUUGUUGAGAACUACUUCACACAUUCAAGGUUGCAUCAUCUAAGUACUUGGAAGUCCGAGCUCAAGCUCUUCGUAAAUCGAGCUCGAGACAGACUAGGCUCACUGUCAAAAUUGGAAGAUGCACCGAGUCCUUCCCCAAGAGUAAUUAUGCAUUGUGACUUCGACUCAUUUUUUGUGGCUGCUGGGCUUGUUGAUCGGCCCGAAUUUCGCGGCAAGCCGGUGGUUGUCUGCCAUUCUAACACCCCUGACCUGACGAGACCUAGCAGUACAAGUGAGGUUGCUAGUGCAAGCUACGAAGCGCGAAAUUUCGGGGUGAAAAAUGGCAUGAGUUUAGGCCAAGCGAAGCGGUUAUGCCCUGACAUCCAGCCCAUUCCUUACGAGUUUCAAAGAUACAAAGAGUUUUCCCUCCAGUUUUAUGAUAUUCUCCUCCCAUUUGCGGAUGACAUUGAAGUGGUGUCUGUGGACGAAGCUUUGAUUGAUGUUACCACUGAAGUGCAGAGGAUGCACCGAGAACUAGGCGAAGGAUCGCACGACGCUGCUGAGGUUUUAGCUGACGAAAUUAGGAGCCGCGUCCGCAAAGCAACGAAUUGCGAAGUCAGUGUAGGAAUUGGCGGCAACGUCUUGCUCGCCAAACUAGCAAAUAGGCAGGCCAAGCCAGCCGGCACUUUCCACCUUCUUGAAGAGCAUGCUAUCUCUCAUAUUGAUCCACUUCCAAUUGACCGACUUCCUGGGUUCGCUUCCAGUGCCAAACAGAAAAUCGAAGCAAAGUGGGGCAUUAACACCUGUGGUGAAGUGAGGAAGCUUGGGGGCGUGGAAGUCCUCCAGAAGGUCCUAGGCCCUGGAAAUGGAGAGAAGCUGUGGAAGUACAUCCGUGGCAUGGAUGACCGCGGUUUGAAAUUUGAAGAGCCUCGGAAAUCGCUUUCAGCUGCUGUCACGUAUGGAGUCCGUUUUCAAACUAACGAGGAAGUGAAGUCAUUUCUCUACUCCCUCGCCAGGGAGGUAGAGCGCAGAUUGGAAGCUGAGUCGUGUUCCGGCCAAUCUCUGAAUAUGGAGAUUAUGAUACGCAGCCCUGAUGCUCCUGUUGAGGCCCCUAAAUUCCUUGGACACGGGAAGUGCAACACAUACCAUUAUAGGACUACUAUUCACAGUUCGGACGGACAGCCCACCUCGGAUGCGAACAUAAUUGGAGCCGCAGCAUGGAAGCUAUUUCUCGCACAUCAUUGUGGCGAUACUACAGACCUAAGGGGUGUCGGAUUUACUAUUCAGAAACUGGAAAGGAAGAAUGAGGAUGCUGAUGCAAGGCAGCGCAAACUAUCCUUCCGAAAUCAAGGGUCCGCACCUGGAAAGUCGCAGAUAAAUUCCCUUUCGCCCAAGGCCCCGCUCCCGCAAAUAUCCGUUACGGAUUUCGCUGAUACCAGCUUGAUCGAGAGUGGGGAGGACAGCAUUCGCAGCGGGACCAGUUUGCCAGUCCUCAAAGGUUCAUCCUUCCAGAAGCCUUCCUCAAAGGUGAAUGUCAGGUUUAUUACGAAGCAGCUCGCGCCACCCCGUUCGAAGCUGGGCUCGUCCGGCACAUACAACAUCUUCAAGAAGAAGCUAGAACUUCCUCUCACGUUCUCAGAUACUGAGUUGCGGGAUCUUGACAUCGAUCCUAGCACUUUUCAUGCCCUCCCGCAUGAUAUCCAGCGCGAGCAGCUUAUGCACCAGCGGAUGCUGCACAGGACCUGGAAUCUUGGAUCUCGAGAUUCUCGUUCACGCUCCCGAUCGCGAUCGAUGUCUGUCAUUCCACCCAAGCCUUCACUAUUGAUUGCGCAUGAGCUCGUCGUUCCUUCGCUGAAAAAGGCGAAGACAACAGAGGAAAUCCAAGAUUUGAUCUCGCAAUGGGUGGAUCGAUACUCUGAUCACGGUCCGGAACCUGAGGCAACCGCAACGUUCCAAGAGUUCCUAUCAAGGUGCCUCUCAGACAGUGCGGGAGGGAGUCUGGGGUUGGAAAAAGUUUCCUCCAUUAUGAGAUGGUGGUUGCACUUGUGUCGCUCUAAAUGGUGUGAGGACGAAGUCCGUUACAAGAUAGGCAGUCCGACAACUUCUUUCCCCGGAAUCCAAUGGUGGUCUGCCUUUUAUCAAGUCAGAGAUAAUCUGAACAACGUCAUAUCCAACAAGUAUGGGGGGAAACUAUCAUUGAAGUGA